AUGCAUCCAGCCAUCCUCCGAGACGCGGACGCGACAAACAAGCUGUUCGAGGCCAUCCUUGACACUCCCGGCGGACGUCGUUCGCUUUCGCGCCUGGCGCGCACCUGCAAGGCAUUCAAGGAGCCCGUGCUUGACAUUCUCUGGCGAGACCUUGACUCGCUCGCUCCGCUCAUCGGGCUCUUCCCGAACACGCUUUUAAAGCGCGCGCGCCGCCCGGGCCUCGGUCUGGCCAAGAACCCUGAGCGGGAUGACUGGAAUAGGCUCCUCGCAUACGGCGAGCGCGUGCGCAGCAUCUCGUACAUGGAGAGCUCUGGGAACAUUUCGCCCACAAUUUUCCCGAUUCUCGAGGAGUUACGACCGAGGCAGUGGUUGCUGCCCAACCUGACUUCCCUCACGUGGAAGUCCGAGACUGCCGCAGGUCUCGAGCGCUGCAGACUCUUCCUAGGGCCUGAGCUGCGAAACAUUACCCUGGAGGUUGGCACGAAGCACCCGAAGCUAAACGAUUUGCUGGUAGAGAUUGCGUCACACGCGCGUCUCUCCUCUCUUGCGUUCACGUUGCAUACCAAUCUGCCCGACAACUUCACGGACAUCUUCCACAACAACCUCUCACUCGAGAAGGUAUGCAUCGCUGCUCCCGGUGCCCUCUCUGCUCGAGUUGGCCUAUGGGCUGCACAGCUCCCGAAAUUGCGCAGCUUCACCGUUGACCUUACAGGUCGUACGACAACUGCCGUUGAAGGCUUCUUCGACGAUAUCAGCCCUGGCUCGGGUGCCUCUACUCCUAGCUCUGUUGGCGGGACGGACAGCGGCGUCUUCUCCGGUGACGAGCUCGACUUUUCUGAGAUCCGCAAGUCUGCGGUGCGGCUUACGGGAGACGGCCCACGACACGGUGCAUUCGCGCAUCUCACGCACCUCCAGCUGUCUGGGGAAACAUCGAAUGUCGCCACAUUCCUGAAACACCUUACCAGCCCGCUCACCCAUCUCGAGCUUCUCAUCGACGACCCACCAGCAUCGGAGGACUGGCAGGAUGUGUGCGGGCUCGUGUGCGAACAGUUUUCGUACACGUUGCAAGUGUUCCGUGUGAGCCCAACUUCGGCCUCGCGUUUCCAGGAACUCGUACGCUCGACCUCGAGGGGAGGUGACACGCCUGUGCGGCACCUACCACUUACUCAUCUCGGCCCUCUUCCUCGUCUUCACCGUCUUGACAUCGAUCUCCCGGAGUCCGUUCUCUUCCAUGAGUCGGAUAUCGCACACCUGGCCAACAUGUGUCCCUCACUCGAGAUCCUACGGCUUAGCGCCCUAGCGCGGUGGCCUUCGACAGUCGGUCCACCAGCAUUAACGCUCGAGGGGCUGGUGCCUCUCAUGCGUCAGUGCCGGCGACUCCACACACUUGCCGUGGUUGUCAAUGCUCUUGACGGAUCGGAAGGGAUCUUGUCGACACGGGAAGUGUCGUCGAGAUCGCUUCAACGUCUUCAUGUCGGGCACUCCUGGAUCAAGGAUCCGCUUCAGACAGCGAUCCUUCUUAGCCACGUCGCACCAUUCCUCGACAAUCUCAAGUGGUUCCACGAGAAGAACCGUGCCGUUGUCGUUGAAGCAAAUGCACUCGCAUGGCAGAAGGUGUCAGAGUUCCUGCCUCAUCUUCAAAACAUCCGAUUGGCAGAGAGAAGACAGCAACCGCAACCUCAGGUCUACGUGCCACCACCGACAGCCGAAAAGGCCGUCGACGCGACAGUCAUCACUGUCGACCAAGGCAUAUUAGCCAAACCUCAGCUCGUCGAAAGUGAGGUACAAGCAGAAGUCGAGUUCGCAGACGCGUCUGUGCAGAUGGCUCCUGAGGUGGAGUCAGUGUCCGUCGAUGCUACCCCGGUCCUUGUGGAUACCGGUAUUCUCGUAGUGCCUACAUUCGCUGAGCGUGCCGUGGACGCUCGCCCCGAAACCGAGGAAAAGGCGAUCGACAUGCGCGGUACGCCACCAUUAGAGACGACGUCUCGUCCCGGUAACAUUGCAGGGGUGGUUCCUUCUGUGCUGUCUUACCUCCCAUCCCCGGCGACAGGCCUGGUGUCACUCACCUUCCGGGUCGCUCGAUUCUACACGUUUCCCUUCCGGUAUAUGUAUUCCUUCAUGCCUUCCCUAUCAAAAUCGGCGGAUGCGCUCCAAGCGGAGACCGAGCCGAAGUCACCGGUACCAGGAGAGCAGGAAGAAGAUCUUGCGGAGAAGCACGAGAACGGAAACGCGUUGUCCCCGUCGCAAGAGACGGCCGUCUCUCCUGUCGGUCUAUGA